GGACAAAGGACUGUCUCACAAGGCGACUAGUGGUCGGAACCUUCCUCCCUCUCCUUCCCUUCCCCUUCCCCUCCCAGGAAAGGCUGGGACACGGCACCGGGGCUGUCCCGUGGCCGCUGCGGCCUCAGCUCCAGCCGGGCUGGGGUACCGAGAGUCCAGACCGCUUCCAAGGCGGUGAAGAAAUGGAAAACUACAGAAGGGUUACAUGGCUUGCUGAAAGUCAUACAGUUGGCAAAGCUGGGACCAGAACCCAAGUCUCCUGACUCCUGGUCCUCCUGUCAGUUGAAAAAUCCUGGUUGAUUCUGGCCAAGGGAGCAUCGAAGUAGGAUUGAUUUUCCCAGCAUGGGCAACUAUUUGCUUUCUGAGUCUGGAAUUUGUCACUAGAAGACUGAGCAGAGCCAACAGCACUGGUUCCUGGAAGCAUUUAUUGAGAGUGCUGAUUGUGACAUCAUAUCCAUCCCCUUGGCGAUGGAGUUUGUCACUAGGAAGGAAGACUCAGUUGAAGAAUAGCCAACAAGAUGGGUUACUGGGAGCAUCUCCUGAGUGGCACUGAGUGGAGGCAUCAGGGGGUUGGAGCCUUGUGAACAGGGAACCUGCCCCCCAACACUUGGAAGGACCUGGGUUUCAGUGAUGAGACAUGGGGUAUGAUGUAACCCGUUUCCAGGGGGAUGUUGACGAAGACCUUAUCUGUCCUAUCUGCAGUGGAGUCUUGGAGGAGCCAGUCCAGGCACCUCAUUGCGAGCAUGCUUUCUGCAACGCCUGCAUCACCCAGUGGUUCUCUCAGCAGCAGACGUGUCCGGUUGACCGUAGUGUUGUGACGGUCGCCCAUCUGCGCCCAGUACCUCGGAUCAUGCGGAACAUGUUGUCAAAGCUGCAGAUUGCCUGCGACAACGCUGUAUUUGGCUGCAGUGCUAUUGUCCGGCUUGACAACCUCAUGUCUCACCUCAGUGACUGUGAGCACAACCCAAAACGGCCUGUGACCUGUGAACAGGGCUGCGGCCUGGAGAUGCCCAAAGAUGAGCUGCCAAACCACAACUGCAUUAAGCACCUGCGCUCAGUGGUGCAGCAGCAGCAGACACGCAUCGCAGAGCUGGAGAAGACCUCAGCUGAACACAAACACCAGCUGGCAGAGCAGAAGCGAGACAUCCAGCUGCUGAAGGCGUAUAUGCGUGCAAUCCGCAGUGUCAACCCCAACCUUCAGAACCUGGAGGAGACAAUUGAAUACAAUGAGAUCCUAGAGUGGGUGAAUUCCCUGCAGCCAGCAAGAGUGACCCGCUGGGGAGGGAUGAUCUCCACCCCAGAUGCUGUGCUCCAGGCUGUAAUCAAGCGCUCCCUGGUGGAGAGUGGCUGUCCUGCCUCUAUCGUCAACGAGCUGAUCGAAAAUGCCCACGAGCGGAGCUGGCCUCAGGGUCUGGCCACACUAGAGACAAGACAGAUGAACCGGCGGUACUAUGAGAACUACGUGGCCAAGCGCAUCCCUGGCAAGCAGGCUGUUGUCGUGAUGGCCUGUGAGAACCAGCAUAUGGGCGAUGACAUGGUGCAGGAGCCGGGGCUUGUCAUGAUAUUUGCGCAUGGCGUGGAAGAGAUAUAGUCACUCGGCGGGCUGCCAGGAAGAGAUGGAAAUCGGAAAAUCUCAUCACUCCAGUAGCUGGGCCCUGAGUCCUCCCCACUGUCCUUAACCCUGUGGCUUACACGGGAGCCACACGUCUCCCUGCUCUUCUGGCACUGACGGGCCCUGAGGCAUUUUGCGCUCAGCCUUUUAGGUGGGAAACCUACAUUCCUUCCUUUUCCUAAUUCUUCCCCUAAGAUGUCUGUAAAUUUUCACCCUGGUUGGGAAAGUCCCCACUAGGAUUCCUGGUUCCAGGUAUUUUCAGAAAGCACAAAGAUAAUCAUUUUCUCCAAGGAUCAGGGUGGAGCGAGGAAUCUCUAAAUCUCUAAUCGUUCCCAUCCUCCAAAACCAGGGAAUCUGAGCAGGCCUAUUGACUAAACAUCAUUUAAAGGACAGCUCUGGGGAGCAGACAUCCUGAAGAAAUGGUAAGGGUGGAACCAAAACCCUAGAAAUGAAUAAUAGGGCCAGUAACUGGCCAUCACCGAUGGCCCUGAGGGGAAGACUGGACCUCUGUGCCAAGCAGUACCUUGUUUAGCCCACCUUAAAGGUGCAGGCUCCCACUGGGUCUGCGGGUGUGCAGGUUGGGAUGCCGAAAAUGGCCAAGUGAGCUCUUUCCUACACUUUCUCUUCAUUAGGGAAUGACAGGAGUUGGGGAAGGGGGUUAGUCUGUUGGGGUGAACAUGCUCAGCAAGAAGCAGUUCUCUAGCUUUUGCUGAAGUCGCGCAGGCACUGCCUCUGUGGUACAGGCCUAAUACCAGAGACCCCUCUCCAGCCCUGUGAUUGUAACGCAUUAUUUUGAUAAUUUCCUUUGGCCAUUGUUGUUUAUAUUUCAUUCCCUCCCACUUUUUUUUUUUUUUUUUUAAAGAAUGGCCUGGUUAUGGCUACCCCACUUUUCCAGCCCAGCCACCUUGUUGGCAAUUUAAUUUAUUUACUUUUUUUUUUUUUAAAGAAAGGAAAAAGAAAAAAAAUUAACAAAACUUAAAACUUUUCUCUUGCUGUUCCUAUGGUGGGGAUUCUGGAUAGGGUGGGACAGGGGUGGGGGCUGUUUUAUAUUUUUCCUUUUCAGCACAACCUUUGGCUUUAAUAUAGGAAGGGCCAAGGGGGUCCUUGGCUGAACUUAUAAUGUAUGCCCCAACCUCCGUAACCCCAUUGAGGUGAGGAGCUUCCUCUGUUCCAGUGAUGGAUGUAACAGUCCAGCAUCAAUGCCUGUGCGUUCUGGCGAACUUUGCUCCUGGCCCUUCCAGGGUCUCACUGUAAAAUUCUGGAUUUCGAGUAUUAAUUUUGAAGAAAUCCCUCACCCCAUUUCCUUGGAGAUAUAUAGCUGGAUUCUACCUUCACCAGGAAAGGUGGGCUAGAAAUUGUGUCUUUGUCUUUGAGUAUAGGCUGUGCUUUCUCACCCAUGCCCUCUGAGGACUUCAGCUCCAUUUUAGGCUACCUGGGGCAUUCCUUGACCCCUAGGUUGACUGGCAGAGUAACAGAAGGGGAGGGAUAGUGGGUGUGAUUAUUUUAAUUUGCAGGUGGGAGUGGGGUUGAAGAGAGAUGGCCAUAUAACAGCUUCUUCUCUUUUUGGAGUUGUAUUCUAGGCCAGCUUGCUAUAGGUCUGGGUAGUUGGGUCAUGACUCCAUGGGGACUGGAGUGGAGGGAUACAGCUUGAAAGGAGUAAGGAACAGUCGUAUGUUCUAGCUCCAGGACAUUGUGCUCAGGAAUUUGAAAACGCUGCUAUACUUAGUCUGGUUACUACAUUUCUUCCACUCCCCACUGCCCCUGCCUGCCUUACCAAGGCCCAUACCCUCCUGUCAUCACCCUCAGAUGGAGCCAGGAAGCUCAGUUCAGGCUUCCCCAGCCUUUGCACUAGUGUCUCUGCAGGUUGCUGGUUGUGUUACAUGUGCUGUUCCAUGGUGUUGACUGCACUAAUAAUAAACCUUUCACUCAAUUC